AAAUGUGUCUUGCUCAGGCAGGCAGAGUAUCAGUUCAAACACAGUUCUCUGAGAGAUCUGGGAAGCCACCACAACCAGCAUGGGCAAGAUCAUCUUCUACGAGGACAGGAACUUCCAGGGUCGCUCCUAUGAGUGCAUGAGCGACUGCUCUGACAUGUCCUCCUACCUGAGCAGGUGCCACUCCUGCAGGGUGGAGAGCGGCUGUUUCAUGGUCUACGACCGUCCCAACUACAUGGGAAACCAGUACUUCAUGAGGAGGGGCGAGUAUGCUGACUACAUGAGCAUGAUGGGAUGGAGCGGUGGCAUCAGGUCUUGCCGUAUGAUCCCCAUGCACAGAGGCCAGUUCAGAAUGAGGAUCUAUGAGAGGGAGAACUUCGGUGGUCAGAUGUACGAGCUGAUGGACGACUGUGACAACAUCAUGGACCGUUACCGUAUGUCCGACUGCAUGUCCUGCAACGUGAUGGACGGCCACUGGCUGAUGUAUGAGCAGCCCCACUACAGAGGCAGGAUGAUGUACCUGAGGCCUGGAGAGUACAGGAGCUUCAGGGACAUGGGAUACAGCGGCAUGAGGUUCAUGAGCAUGAGGCGUAUCAUGGACAUGUGCUAAAUGCACAUUUUAACUUUAAUAAAUGAUUUAAAUUUCGGAAUUCUCCU